AUGGACGGCAAAGUAGAGGUGGAGAUGAAUCCGGACAGGAUGGAUAUGGACAUGGGCAUGGACAUGGACGACAUUGAUGUCGACGUCGACUCGCUCGACUCGGAGGACCUGCACGAGACCCGUCCCAACCGCUGGCGUGGCCACCCGGAGACGUGGAGGAAGUGGACCGAGCUCGAUCGCGCCACGUGGACGGCGCUGGAGAAUGCGCGGAAGGAGGACCUGGCUGUGCAUUUGUACAACGCCUACGGGCUGAGGAGGGGGUUUCGGGUUGGGCCUAUGGUUGCUGACGAUGUCAAUGUCAAUCUUGAUUAUGAUGGGGAUGAUGAAGACGGGGAUGGAGAAGGUGAAGAUGGGCAAAGGCCAUGGAAGCUCGACAAGGCGUGGACUGCGUGGCCCAUGAGGGCCGACGAGGUCCCGGACGAUGGGUUAAUGCCCAGGACGAUUGACGUCAAUGAGCCGUUUACCCUGCGGCGGGAGGAGACGCAGACGUUUGCGGGGGUGAACUUGGAGGAGGAGAUUUCGGCGACGAUUCUGCGGCGUGCCAAGGAGAAAUUCCGGAAAAGGGAUCUGCAGCAGACGGCCGAGGAUGAGCAAGCCCUGCCGUCUGUCGAGCAGGGAGAUGCUGAUGCUACUGCUGCUCAAGGCGAGACGGAUGCGUCAGACACCGCUGCGACUAGUGCUGUGGACGACGAAACGGAGGCGGAGACGGAUGCGUCACACAGGAGACCAAGGAAGAGAAGGCGCAGAGGAGCAUCGCCUACUUUUACGCCUGUCUUCUCGGCGGAUGAUGACCGGUCCUACAUGCUGCUUCGCCCAGCAGCGAGGCGGAUAAUGGAGAAGCUUGACCACACGCUCAUGAUCCUGCAUAACCAGCGCGCCGCAGGCCUCGGAAACAUCUCGGAGUCCUCUGCUAGUGACGAGGACGAGACAGAGUCUGAGGAGAUGUCCAUCCGGCCGUCAGUGUCACCGGAAAAGUCGCCGGCGCCACGGAAAAAUAGGGGCGGCAGGCCUAGGAAGGUGAACGUACCCCUCGAGGGAGAAACAGAGCAGGAGAUGACGGUCAGGCUGGCGAAAGAAAACCACAGGAGGAAUCCCUUCUUGACGGAUACGCCAGGUUCCGGGGAGGACGAGCGCAGCCGGAGCCAGAGCAGGAGCAGGAGCAGGAGCAGGAGUCUUGGCAGAGGACGGCAGUCAUCACUCCCUUCGCUGGCGGAGUCGCGGGCGAGCUCCGUUAGAAGCUCCUUGUCACGGAAAUCCGGAUCUCGAAGCUCUAGCGCUUCAUCAACAAACAGGGAGAAGCUUCUCGGGCGAUGGGGCCUGCGAGACUGGCGUGACGUGCUGGGUGCCGCUGCACUGGCCGGAUUUUCGCCGUCAGUCAUCGCCCGCGCCGCUCAACGAUGUUCCACGCUUUUCAGGGAAGAGAUGACGCUGCAUACGCUGCACGAGCGGUCUGCUGCUAGCGGCCAAGUCGAGCUAGAGACGGUGCGGUAUGUGCCCGGAGCAGCCCUUCCUCCAUCCUCAGACGAAGACGAUGAUGAGUCCGAGGCUGAGCUGGCCCAGACCCGCACGAUUAGCCGCUAUUCUAGUGUCCGACUUCCCGAAGAGAUGUCGCCUGAGCCGACCCCACAGACACCACGCGCCAGCCGGUCAGCUACGCCAGCAACAGGCUUGUUGUGUCCCCAUCCGGGCUGUCCAAGGGCCAUGCAUGGGUUCAAAAAGCGAUGGAACCUUGAGAGGCACAUGCAGACUGUGCACAAGGGACACGCGCCAGCCUCGCCAGAACCAGAGCCGCAGACUCGGCGUGGUGGCCGCUCAGAAACGGCGGCAGCCCUGGUGUGCUCCUACCCUGGCUGCUCGAGGGCCACGCGCGCGUUCAAAACGCGGACCGCUCUUGACAAGCACAUCCGGACCGUGCAUGAAAGCCAGACAAGCCAGACAAGCCAGACGGGAGGCUUUAUACAACUGACGCCGAUAGAGCUGGAGAAAACGUUGAGGGACCUCGACCGGUCAGGCGCUCAUGGACUCCGGGCGUGUCCCGUUCCCGGCUGUCCAAGAGGCUCUAAAUCGUUUCAGAGGUGGGCGAAAGUUGUGAGGCAUAUUCGGACGGUGCAUGGGAAAGGACAUGUAGCGGGCUCUACAGAACUGGAGCUUACAGAGCCGGAAGAGGUACCAAGGCAACGCGGCCAGUUAGCCACGCCGGCGCCGGCAAACCUACUUUGUCCCAUUCCGGACUGCCCGAGGGCCACGCGUUCGUUCAAGAAGUGGUCACACCUUAAGAGGCACGUCCGCGAGCUGCAUAAGGAACAGGCAGCAGACUACUUGACAGAACCGGAGCUUACCGAGCUGGACACUUCAUCAAAGCAGGGCAGCCGGUCAACCACGCCCGGAGCUGUCUAUUUCUGCCACUUCUCGCAUUGCCCAAGGGCUGUUGACGGUUUCAGUAAGGUGACAAACUUCAAGCGGCAUAUGCAGACGGUGCACGGGAAAAGCGUAGCUAAUGUCGCAGAAGAGGGAGAGGACAGUAUGGACGAGAUGCACGGUGGGGCGCACCUGGACGGGUUUCUGAAGCCCAUCAAAUUUAGGAGGGGGUGGCGAACGGCCGACACGCAGGUAGGACGCCAUCGGUCACGGAAGGGAACCAGAGAUGGACCAGAAGAACUUUGA